CUUGUGCAGUGCUGAUCUAGGCCGCGCCGACCAGUUUCUUCCCUUGCUAGGCCCCAGUGUUGACGAUGGGAGAAGAUACCGUGUAUGACGUUUGCGUGAUAGGAGCUGGUAUGGUGGGGUCAGCUGCUGCCAAGUGGCUUUGUAAACUGCAACGGGAAACUCAAAUCUGUCUGGUUGGGCCUCAGGAACCUACAGAAGGGGAAUGGCAGUCUGAAAAGCGAGAAAUAUUUUCAUCUCACUAUGAUGAAGGCAGACUGACGAGGGAAAUUGAUGAGAGUCCAAUUUGGGGUAUCCUUGCCAGAAGAUCAAUUCAGCGAUACAGACAAAUUGAAAAGGAAAGUGGCAUAAAUUUCUACCAUGAAGUUGGUUGUGUACACGCUUAUGGGGAGAAUUGUGCGAGAUUUCUUAAAACAGUACAGAAUGUGCAACAGAUGGGACACAUUUACUACCAAUCUUUAAAUGCAGCUGGUCUUCGAGCACAGUUUCCCUACCUACACGCAGAGGAGAGCUGGCAAAUUCUGUACAACUUCAAAAAUGCAGGCUACGUCAGAGCGAGGAAAUUUGUGGCAGCUCAACAGAAAAUAGCGGCAGCUCAUGGGUGUGAUGUCAUCAAUGACGUCGUGAUUAGACUCCAAAAAGACGUGAGAGAGGGGAGACGAAAGGACAGUUUGGUAAAGAUUGUGUGUGAAAGUGGCCGUGAUGUUAAAGCCAAACGCGUUCUGCUCUGUACAGGUGCUUUUUCCAACAGCUAUGACUUGUUACCAAAAGACAAACAGAUUGAAUUCUUCCCCAUAGAGGUGUCGGUGGUAAAAGCUGAAUUGAAGGAGGAGGAUGCGCUGAAAAUGGCAGACAUGCCAGGAAUCCUGUCAAGAAUACAAGGAAAAGAAUGCUACAUACUGCCACCAAUGAAAUAUCCAAAUGGAAAAUAUUACAUCAAGAUAGGAGGAUACAACACUGACUUCAAUGUUCUGGGUAGUCACCAAGAGAUAGUAAAUUGGUUUCGAUCACAAGCUCAGUAUGAAGACGAUACAAACGAAGCUAUUGAUCUCUUGAAACAUAUGGUUAAAGGUUUGCAUCCAGUCUCUGUGAUAACCUCUUCCUGCGUCAGCUCUCACACACCGACCAAACUCUUUUAUUGUGACAUGAUAACACCACACGUAGGAGCUCUGAUGGGUAUGUCUGGUCAAGGGGCCAAAUCCAGCGAUGAGAUUGGUCGCAUGGGGGCGAAGAUGAUUGCCAAGGGCUCCUGGGAUUACGAUCUUCCAGCAGGACUCUUCAGUUUGAAGUACAAGAAAGCUGAGAAUGCUAAACUCUGAUGAGAUGGGGCAAUAGACUCAUUGCAAUAUCUGAAUUAUUAAAGCAAUAUUUUUUAGAGAUUGUAUUUUAAGAUAUCACUUUAUUACAUAAAUGAAAUAAUCCUAUCAUGGGAGAACUAACCAUGUUAAAAAUAAAAGGAGAUAUCAAGCUAUGAUUAGAUGGAUCAUGGAGUCAAAUUAUUAUCUGAAAUAUUGAGCAAUAUAUUUUUUUUUUGAAAUAGCAGACAUUUGUUACCUGAUAUAAAGAAAAAUACAUUAAUUCUGUUAUCACAUGAUCAUAUCAUAGCAAAAAGCAUCAUGUGAAGUGAUAAGAUGGUGGCAGUAUAGUCAAAUAAACACAUGUGACCCAUUUCAUAAAACAUGUGAAAAUAACCAAUUGGAAAUAACAGUUUAUAACUGAAAUCAUUCCAUUUGAUUGGCUGAUGGUAAACUUGUUUUAGAAAAAUUAUAACGGGCCUUUUUGAAACAGGACCCUGAUAUUUAGAGGAAUUUGUAUUCCUUAUGUUUUCAGAUAAUUGGCAAUUCCAUAAAAAUGGUCCAACAUGGAUGGAGUUGGAUGUAAUAAUUUAUAUAGUUGUAAUAACCUGGUAUAAAGAACAAUAUGCUAUGAAAAGGACCUCGAACCUCAUUGAGAAAAUUAUAACAAUUAAAUAUUUUCCCUCCAUUUGCAGCAUAACCGUGAUAUGUGUUCUGAUUUCAAAGGAAAAGCCGAGUACUUUAUCUUGUUUUUCAUAUUAUAAUAGAUAUAUUUUUACUGAUUCUUGAGAUUGAAGUCAAUCAAUUUACUUCAAUUUUAAGCGAAAAUGUUACCUCUUUCCCUUUCAUUUCCCACUGCUACCUCUCUAGUAAUUCUGCCAUGUCAUCUUGAUGUCAUGGGUCUGAUUCUGCUUUGAGUCACCAGUCAUCUUGAUGG